AAUUGGUACACAAGUCAGACUCAGAAUCAAAAUGGUAACAUCGUCUUUCUUCUUCACUUAUCUCUCUUUGCCAUUUUCUUUCUACACCCGAAGCCAUGUCGGAUCGGUUCUUUCCGAAUCCCAUGCCCGAAUUCGUACUCGAAGCUACGCCGGCAACCGAACAAGAGCUACAAGAAGCCGUCACCGUCACACCCGGUGACUCACUCCAGAACCUCCUCGCCAUGCCCCAUUCUCCACUCUUCGAGCGUCUCAAACGAGCUGCCUUAGACCUCAAAGAAACCAUAGUGCUGGAAACGUGGGGCUUAUCUGGACAGCGUGUUGGUGAUUUCACUCUCUAUUGUGGCCUUCUUGGCACCGCUUUUCUCCUCUUUAAGUCUCACCAAGUCACUGGCAACACCAGCGAUCUUACUCUUUGCGCCCAGAUUAUCAAGUCUUGCGAUGCUGCUUCUGUUCGUUCUAGGGACGUCACCUUUAUUUGUGGGCGUGCUGGUGUUUGUGCCCUUGGGGCUGUGGCUGCAAAACAUACCGGUGAUGAUGAGUCCUUGAGGUACUACUUGGCUCAGUUCCAAAAGAUUAAGCUACCAAAGGAUCUUCCUGAUGAGUUGUUAUACGGGAGGGUUGGUUUUCUAUGGGCAUGUUUGUUUUUAAACAAGCAUCUUGGUCAGGGGACUAUUCCUUCCAGUUAUACUGCCACGGUUGUGGAUGAGAUUAUAAAAAAUGGAAGGGCUUUGGGUCGAAAAGGAAAAUGUCCUUUGAUGUUUGAGUGGUACGGAGAGAAGUAUUGGGGUGCUGCACAUGGAUUGGCUGGGAUUAUGCAUGUCCUUAUGGAUAUGGAGUUGAAGCCUGAUGAGCUUGAGGAUGUUAGAGAAACUCUUAAAUACAUGAUACUUAACCACUUUCCUAGUGGAAACUAUCCUGCUAGCGAAGAAGAUAAGAGGGAUGUUCUCGUGCAUUGGUGUCAUGGAGCUCCUGGAGUGGCUCUCACACUUGUCAAAGCAGCUAAGGUUUUUGGAGAUAAAGAAUUCUUGGAUGCAGCUAUGGAAGCCGGAGAGACGGUUUGGAGUCGUGGUUUGCUCAAGCGAGUUGGGAUUUGCCAUGGUAUCAGUGGGAAUGCCUAUGUCUUUCUGUCACUUUACCAACUUACUGGGAACAACAAGUAUUUAUACAGAGCCAAAGCUUUUGCAUGCUUUUUGCUUGAUAGAGCCCACACUCUAAUAUCUCGAGGAGAAAUGCAUAGAGGUGAUAGACCUUAUUCACUGUUUGAAGGAGUGGGAGGCACGUCUUAUCUCUUUUUGGACAUGGUUGAUCCUUCCCAGUCUAAAUUUCCUGCUUAUGAAUUAUGAGAAUCUGCACUUUUUAGAAAGGAUGACUGUUAUAAUAUAACCAAGGUAAAUUUGACUGUAGUGUAACAAAAAAUGGGGAGAGCCUAAAUAUACUUUAAUUCUAUAAGUUUGUGUAUGUGAGAAUUCAGGAUUGAGCUUCAAUUUCUUCCUUAAUAUUUGUGUGUUAAUUGAAGGAUAUGCUUGGUUAUACUUCAUCCUUUUCCCUAUGACAUCUUUAUGCAAGAUUUGUAUGCAAUGACUGAAAUUAUUGGCCUAUGCCUCAUCUUUGAGUGUUAAGAAAUUGAGUUUUGAAUGAAUUGUCUUUGAAUUUAA